AAACUUCCUCUCUUUGUGUUUUUCUCCCUAUUUUUCCUCUUUGUUUCUUUCUCUCAUUCCUCUAAUUUUUUUUUUUUUAAUUUCAGUUUACAUAAUUUUUUUCUUUUGUGUGUGUGUUAAGGGAAUGUGGAAGACAUUUAUGGUGGAUGAAAGGAUAUUAUGGAGGCUCUUGAAGAAGUGGUAGGUGGUUCCUCUAAGGACCUCUUCCACAUCGUUAAGGGCAAAAGAACCAAACGCCUUCGCCUUCAAUCUCCAAAUAUCCCUUUCUCCAUCACAUCACAUGAUUCAUUAACCGCAUGCAACAAUGGAAAUGACAACGAAGCAUGCAACGUCCCUAGCAGCAGCAACAACAACAAUAAUAAAACCAAUAUUGAAGAUGGUAGCGAUAAUAGAGAUGUUGUCGCUUGCAUCAACAACAACAAUAUUGAAAGUAGUAGUGGCAAUGGAGAAGACAUAGCCUGUAACAACAACAUCAACAACAAUAAUAAUGAGAUUCUGUCAUCAGCCGCCUCGUCUGAGGCAUUCAUCAACACGUUCACCGAAGAGGAGGAGGAAACCGCCAAGUGUCUCGUCCUCUUGUCCAAAAGUGCUGAUGAUUAUCAUCCUCGUAAUGUUGAUUUUUUUAACCAUGAUUUAAGGUUGUACCCAACUAAAUUCAAUAGCAAAAGGUACAUCGAGACAUCCACCAACUCAAUAGAUGGUACAAAGGCAGGAAUAUACGUGUACGAAUGCAAGACAUGCAACCGUACAUUCCCAUCUUUCCAAGCAUUAGGUGGACACAGAGCAAGUCACAAGAAGCCAAAGACAUUACACACCGAAUAUAACAAGAAAUCAUAUUUCGAUUUCUCAGAUGAAGAUGAUUAUCAACUACACUCACCAUCAACAACAACAACAACAUUGUACAACAAAAACAAGAACAUGCCAAAUUCUUCCAACAACAAGUACUACUCUUCUUCUCCUAGGAUUCAUGAAUGUUCAUAUUGUGGUGCUGAAUUUACCUCAGGACAAGCUUUAGGUGGUCACAUGAGACGUCAUCGCGGGGGCGCUAACGUAAAUUCACCCUUGUAUUUGAGCAAUUUAAGUCCAGCAACUUCAAUAGAUCAUCAAGAAUUUGGUAACAAUAAUAAUAAUGUUAUGAAGAAACAAAGAGAUCAUGAGUUGUCAUUAGACCUUAAUCUUCCUGUUCAAGAUCAAGAACAAACACAAAGGCAGCUUGUUGAUUGUCAUUAUUGACAAUAAUGCAGGUUCAUUUUUUAAUUUUUUCUUUUUUUUUUUCUUUUUAACCAACACGACUAUAUAUUCAUUGAAAUUGGUGAAGAAUUUAGAUGGGAGUCACCACGUACCAACUCUUUUA